AUGGAGGGAGGCGACGAUCUCCACCACCACCAUCACCACAACCACCAUCACCGUCAGAACUUCCCAUUCCAGCUCCUGGAGAAGAAAGAAGACCAAGAGGCGGCGUCUUGCUCCACCUCCUCCCCCUAUCCUUCCCUAGCAAUCUCCGCGGAACCCAGCACGUCCAAUUCCACCCGAUCCAACCAGCUCGCCGCAGCGUCGGAGCCGCCAAACAGCAAGAAACCGCCGCCGAAACGCACGUCGACGAAGGAUAGGCACACGAAGGUGGACGGUCGUGGCCGCCGCAUCCGAAUGCCCGCCCUCUGCGCCGCCCGCGUCUUCCAACUCACCCGCGAACUCGGUCACAAGUCCGACGGCGAAACCAUCGAGUGGCUCCUCCAGCAGGCCGAGCCCGCCGUCAUCGCUGCCACAGGUACCGGCACCAUCCCCGCUAACUUCACCUCCCUCAACAUCUCCCUCCGUAGCUCCGGCUCCUCCAUGUCCGUACCCUCCCAGCUCCGAUCCUCCUACUUCAACCCCAACUUCUCCCUCCAACAACGGCGCACCUUGUUCCCCGGCAUCGCCUUAUCCUCCGACACCACCAACACCAAUACCUCCACACUCCUCAAUUUCCAAUCCAACAACCUCAACACCUCCAUGCUCCAGGCCAAGCCCGAAGCCCCCUCCUCCACCUUGGAUUUGUCAGAUACAAGCGCAGAGGAAUCAACCCUAGGCCGAAAAAGAAGACCAACCGAACAAGACCUAUCCACCUCGUCGCAGCACCAAAUGGGAAGUUAUCUCCUCCAGUCGAGUGCAGGCGCGAUUCCUGCGAGCCACGCCGCCAACAUAUGGAUGGUGGCGAAUUCAAACUCUAAUCAAGUCAUGAGUGGCGAUCCCAUAUGGACCUUCCCUCCGGUUAACAACAGUGCCUUGUAUCGAGGCACCAUGUCUAGUGGGUUGCAUUUCAUGAACUUUCCCACGCCCAUGGCGCUUUUGCCGAGUCAGCAACUAGGGUCUUCUGGGAUUGGCGCGGUUGGGGGAAGCAGUCAUAAUAGUAAUAAUAAUAAUAAUAAUAUGAAUGAAGGGCAUUUGAGUAUGCUUGCGGGGCUUAGUCCUUAUCGUCCUGUUAUCGGUGUUUCUGAAUCUCAGGCGAGUGGCUCGCAAUCGCACCGUGGAGGUGGCGCCGAUGAUCGCCAUGAUAGCACCAGUCACCACUCCUAG